AGAUAAGUUCGAGAACAGCUAAGCAACUAGUUUGACAUUAAAUUGUCGCAUGCAAAGUGGAACCGCCAUAAAAAGCAGUAGUAGCCAUUUUUCCCGCAAACAUUCAAAAAGAAAGAGAGAAUCAAAAGAAAAAUUCAAUAAAGCAAACAGAAAAUGGUACUUGUCCAAUUCCAGUCGGACUUUCGUUUCGCUGCCACUUUCUUAUCCUUUAAUCCUUCUCGCUCCGACCCAACACCCCGAUUUCCAUGCUCAUUUCAUCGCCCCACCAGGAUUCGAGGAUGGUCGCCCGUGACCAAAGCUGCAUUCAAGAGAAAUGUAGAGAAAAAGAAUGAAAAGAAGGACCCAAAUAUCUGUACAGCUGACGAGCUUCACUACGUGGAAGUAGAGAAAUCGGAAUGGAGGGUGGCUCUGUGGAGGUACCUUCCUUCUCCGGAGGCGCCGUCGAGGAAUCAUCCGUUGAUGCUUUUGUCAGGCAUUGGGACCAAUGCUAUUGCUUAUGAUCUCUCCCCUGAGUCCUCGUUUGCACGCUUCAUGUCUGGACAAGGAUAUGAUACGUGGAUUCUCGAACUCAGAGGUGCUGGCUUGAGUGCACAAGGAGUAGACUUUGGACAAGUGAAAGACCCUUUAAAUGCUAUGUCUCAGAGGAAAGAUUUUUAUGUGAAGGAUGGAAAAUAUGGUACUCUUGCUAACACAGCUUAUGGGAGUUUUUCAAUGAAAAGAAGCUUUUCAGGUUUUUCUGAAACAGGAAAAAGCUUUGCUUUUGCUGAUCAAAUUGGGGAUUUUAUCCAAAAGCUUGUAAAUAUAAUGGAAGAAGGUGAAAGAUCACCUGCAGCACGGAUUUUCUAUAUGCAAGACCGUGUUUCUACAGCACUAAAAGAUGUACAGAAACAACUUGAUCUGAUUGUGAAGUAUGAUUGGGAUUUUGAUCACUACCUAGAAGAAGAUGUCCCUGCUGCGAUGGAAUACAUAAAGACUAAGAGCAAACCAAAGGAUGGCAAGCUGUUUGCAGUUGGUCAUUCAAUGGGGGGUAUCUUGCUAUAUGCGAUGCUAUCACGAUGUUGUUUUGAAGGGAGGGAUUCUGGAUUGGCAUCAGUCACUGCUUUGGCAUCAUCAUUGGAUUAUAUGUCUUCUAAAUCAUCACUCAAACUGCUUUUACCCCUGGCAGACCCUCUGCAGGUCCUCAAUAUUCCUGUCAUUCCAAUUGGGCCAUUGAUUGCUGCAGCCUAUCCUUUUGCAACUCGUCCUCCCUACAUCCUGUCCUGGUUGAAUUCUCAAAUUUCUGCCUCAGACAUGAUGCAUCCAAAGUUGUUUGAAAAGCUGGUUAUGGAAAACUUUGAGACAGUGCCUGCUAAGCUUCUCUUGCAGCUAGCAACAGCCAUUCAGGAGGGUGGAUUGCGAGACAGGAGUGGGACUUUCUUCUACAAGAAUCAUCUUGGUAAAAGCAAUGUCCCUAUCUUAGCAAUUGCUGGAGACCAAGAUCUAAUCUGUCCACCUGAAGCAGUAUAUGAAACAGUGAAGCUCAUUCCUGAGCCAUUGGUUACUUACAAAGUUUUUGGAGAACCAGGUGGUCCGCACUAUGCUCACUAUGAUAUAGUGGGUGGCCGACUGGCCAUAGAUCUGGUGUAUCCAUGUAUAAUAGAAUUUCUCAACCGUCAUGAUGAGGCUUGAAUUCCUCGCAACUGCUUUUCUUUACCUGCAUUUAAGCUUCAUUAGUUCAUCAUUUUUCUUUUUCUGGAAAGGGCCUGAUACAAAGAAUCUUCAAGGGAGUCUUCCCCUUAAAAGUCCGGAUCAAUUACAUACGUAAAAGAGGUAAAGGAUCAACAUCAUGUAUGUAUAUAUAUUGUUGUAUUCAAGUCUGUACAUGUGUAAAGACAUGUAGACAAAGUAGCAUACUUAUAUGAUAUAAACAAAAUUUGUACAUGGAUAACCUUCAGAAAUUUUGAACACCCAUAAAACAUUUGAUGUUAAGGUAAAUAUUUUAGAUGUAUUCUGUUUUUCUUUUAUCCUUUUAAUGUGGAGAACAAAAUUCAAUAUUGCUCAGCAUGAAGCAUGUAUCUCAUUUAAUGGGGUUGUAUUUAUGUUGUCAAACGAGUUCAGAUGAGUUGAUUCAACCAUAGAAUUUGUGAAUGAGUCCUAAUUUCAUAA